GAUGUUGGUUUUCUCGCAACCCGGCUAGGUGGCGUCAGAUCGUCCGGUUAGUCGCGUAUUUGGUUAUACGGUUACAGGUAGGAAUGCAUUGAGAAGAGCUGAAUGUAUUAAGGCUUCAAUGUUUUCAACUAAAGCACAGUUAAUAAAACGGACCGGAAAGAACGGUGUUGGACGUUAUGAUUUUUUAAAGCUCUUAGCUACUGAAUAUCAAAUAACGAAAUCUAAAGACGCGAAAGAGCAAGUGUUGGCAAAUUUGGCAAACUUUGCUUACGACCCCAUAAAUUAUGGAUACAUGAGGCAAUUAUCCAUAAUUAAUUUGUUCCUUUCUGCUCUGUCUGAGAACAACCCAAAAUUAGUACGUUUUGCCAUUGGUGGUAUUUGUAACUUGUGUCUAGAUGCCAUAAACAAGAUAUAUAUAUUACGUAAUCAAGGUGUCAAGUUGAUAUCAUCACUGCUUUCUUCCCAAGAUGAGGAUACUGUGCUCUCGGCAAUUUCUACUUUAAUGUUUCUGAUUACAUCUGAAUCAAGAGAAGAAAUAAUAUCAGCUGAUAUAAUUAAACAUAUGUUGGAACAUUUACAUAGUUCUAACAUCUGUAUUAAAAAUUUAGCAUCCAUAUUUCUGGCUGACUAUUGCCAAGCAAGUGAAGUAGAGAAAGUAAAGGAAAGAGAUAACAACUAAUUCACUCAUAGAAAAUGAAUAUUCAAGAUAAUUAAUAUUGUACAUAUAUGUACUAUUCUGUAUAUAUAUAUACACACACACACACAUACACACACAUAUAUAUUUAUUGGGAUCAGAAUUAUCAUAUAAUUUUCACUGCAAGAGAUAAUAACAUCAUGAAGCUGAUCCAAUUUUUUGCUGGGUUCCUCAAACAUUAUCCUGUAAGGAUAUCCAAUGUGAGAACAUUUGCUGACUCAACCAU